UAUACUGUAGGUAUAUCCUGUAGCCUACCUACCCUCUAUCGUCGACCAACUGUAGCUAACGUUACGACGUCGUCGUCGAGAUGGAUAUUCUCUCCGUACUUCAAGCGAACUUUCUCUCUCUGGUUUUGGGUGUUAUUGUUUUGGUGUUGUUCUGGAAGAAUCUAGGCAAACAGAGCAACUUUGGGAGAUUACCACCAGGCCCCCCUCCUGCACCAAUUGUUGGCAACUUGUUCCAAAUAGACUUAAAAGAACCAUAUCUGUAUUACCGGGAGCUUUGUAAGAAGUAUGGGUCUGUGUGCACUAUCUGGCUGGCCAACAAACCAGUGGUGAUCUUGUCAGGUUAUCAGACCCUCAAAGAUGCCCUCGUCACCCAGGGAGAAGAGUUCAGUGGGAGGGCUCAGUACCCCCUCCUGGUGAGGUCAACCAAUGGAUAUGGUGUGCUGGUCAGCAGUGGUCAUCGCUGGCGAGAGCUGCGUCGGUUCUCCAUCACGACGCUGAAGAACUUUGGGAUGGGGCGCAGGAGCGUAGAGGAGAGGGUGCAGGAGGAGGCCAGGAGUCUGGUGAAGGCCUUUGAUGAGUUCAACGGUGCGGUUUUCAACCCCAGAGAGCUGCUGUGCAAUGCGGUGUCCAAUGUCAUCUGCUCCAUAGUGUUUGGGCAGCGGUUCGAGUACAAGGACCCCGAGUUCCUGCUGCUCUAUGACACGGUCAACGCCUACUUUGAUGUGCUCAGCAGUCCCCUGGGCUCCCUCUACAACAUCUUUCCUAAAAUUGUUGGGUGCAUUCCUGGAAAGCACAAGGAUUUGUUUGCAUUGCUGAAGAAGGGGCAAGAUUAUGUGAAGAACCAGGCCGAGACACGACUGAAGCACCUGGAUGCCAACUCCACCCCACGUGACUACAUUGAAGCCUUCAUGAUUAAAAUGAUCCAGGAGAAGGACGUCCCAAAUAGUGAGUUCCAUUAUGACAACCUGCUGGGCAGUGUGUGGAACCUGUUUUCAGCUGGAACUGAGACAACCUCCUCAACUCUGAGACAAAUGUUACUGAUGAUGAUCAAACACCCACAAAUCCAAGCGCGUGUCCAAAAAGAGAUCGAUGAGGUGGUUGGACAGGACAGAAGCCCGUCCAUGGAAGACAGAUCUAAGAUGCCGUACACGGACGCCGUUAUUCAUGAGGUGCAGCGCCACAUGGACUUGGCACCAACCUCUGUGCCCCACAAGGUCACGGCUGACACAGAGUUCAAGAGCUACCACAUCCCCAAGGAUACUAUGGUUCUCCCUCUGCUCUCCUCGGUUCUCUCUGACCCCAAACUGUGGAAGAACCCAGAAAACUUUGAUCCCGAAAACUUCUUGGAUGAGGAGGGACAAUUUAAGAAGAAUGAUGCCUUCUUGGCUUUUGGAUUAGGGAAGCGUAUCUGCCUGGGUGAGGGUCUGGCCAGGAUGGAGCUCUUCCUCUUCACCUGCUCUCUUCUCCAGCGCUUCACCUUUGUGGGCACCAAACCCCCAGAGGAGAUCGACACCACCCCCAAGAGCUGUAGUUUUGGCCGGCUGCCUUGCGUCUACGACUGCUACGCCAAACUCAGGGUGUAGAUGAGAAACGCCCUGCGCUGCGAAAGUAGCCAGAUUGCAGGUCGUGUUUAGGCUGUUUCAAAACAGUGCAUUGUACAGUAGAACAAUGUUUCUAUUAGCAUGAGUGAGAGGAGACUGCCAGAAGAAGCCACAUUGCUCUUUAUCUAUAAGGGGUUGCAGUGCAAUGCUCACAUGCAAUGGUAGCUAUUGCUAUAUGCUAGGGUGACCAGACGUCCCCGGUUUCAGGGGACAGUCCCCGUUUUUGGAAAACUACUUGUGUCCCCGUUUUUUAAAGAUAAAACUUGUAUAUUUCAAUCUAUAUAAUAUAUAUAAUCAGAUUGAUAGUCAAACUAAAAAUGUCCCUGUUUUUUCCACAAUUUUGGGAUUAUGUCCCCGGUAUCGGACAUCUGGUCACUUCACUAUACGGCCAACUACGUUAAUCUCAACGCUCAAUAUCAAGCAUUUCAAUGGGUGUACUAGUGGCCUGAGUUGUAAAGGCUUUCAUACCGCACUCCAUAAUACCUGUAGAAUGAAAAUGUAGAAACUGACAAAAUUACAGUUACCAUUAAAUACGCCCCAAGUACAAAAAUGAAUUAACUCACAGAACUGUUGAUGUGGACGUUACCUAAUUGGGCUCUCAGUGCAGCUAGAUUCUCUCCAGGGCUCACCUGGAGAUGAGGCUGAUUAUAUUGUGUGACAUUUCAUUGCCCACUAACGGAGCAGUUGUUUAUGCACUUUAAAAAUGUCCAUUUACUCAUGCAUGUAGAUGAAUAAUUACGGAUAAUAUGCUUCUGUGUAGUACUUCUAGUUUGUCACAUCACUAGCCUUUAUAGUCAUAUCAUAUCCAAAGGGUUGAGUGAAUGAGACAGACUGACCUCUGCUUCUCAGCUAUCGUGUAGAACACUUUGGAGAAGUGCCUUUAAAUGUAAAAAAUUUUGUAUGUUGCUGUAUGUCAGUAAAUACUUGUUAUUUUGUUAGAUUUGUAUUAUCUUUAGGCGAGACACUACAGUUGAAU